AUGGGUCUGCUCUCGCGAAAGAAGGCUGGUGCUGAGCAGGCUGUCGGGCCUGAGCUUCUUGCUGUCGAACACGCGCUCUAUCCCCAGCGCGCAUCGUACUCACUCUGGCUAGGCGCGAUGAUGAAUGGUUUACAAACCGUCAAGCAAUGGCGAGCAUACUUCGGCAGUCCGAACGCAUCCAUAUUAGGACUUUUGAAUGCAAUAUAUCCUGUGGGAAAGGUCAUUGGUCUCCUACCCUGCACCUUUCUGGCAGAUCGCUUUGGCAGGAAGGUCCCCUUAACGAUCGGAUGGCUCGUCGCUCAUGGUAAGCAAGGCGAGGCUCGAAGGAUCCUCGCAAAGUAUCACGCCGCCGGUGACGAGGACUCUCCUCUUGUUGCAUACGAACUGCAAGAAAUCGAAGAAAACAUUCGUAUCGAGACGGAGAUCCAAGGAGAAACUUCGUGGAUAGACCUCGUUCGAAGCGCACCCAACCGAAAGCGGACUCUCAUUGCUGUCAUCGUCGGGUUCUUCGCUCAGUGGAAUGGUGCAGGCGUGGUCUCGUACUAUCUUACACUGGUACUUAACUCAAUUGGUAUCACUGAGACGGCGGAUCAAGCUCUCAUCAACGGACUGCUACAAAUAUUCAACUGGAUUACUGCCGUCGGGGCUGGUGCUAUGAUGGUAGAUCUCGCUGGUCGAAGACCCCUAUUCCUCACGUCCGUUGCAGGCAUGGCAGUUUCGUAUGCCAUUUGGACCGCCCUCACGAGCACCUUCAUCAAAUCCCACGAUGCGGAUGCUGGCAGAGCUGUGGUCGCCGUCAUCUUCAUCUACUACUUCUUCUAUAACAUCGCAUGGUCGCCCUUGCUCCUGGCAUACCCGGUAGAGAUCUUCCCGUACUCGCUGCGAGGCAAAGGCGUCUCAGUAUCUCUCUCAUGCACCUUCAUCGGCCUUAUCAUCGGACAGUUCGUCAACCCCAUUGCCAUGACCGCCAUUGGAUGGAAAUAUUACAUCGUCUUCUGCUGCAUUCUGGUUGUUCUCUUUGGUGUGAUUUGCGUACUGUUUCCGGAGACUAAGGGCAGAACCUUGGAGCAGAUUGCUGAAGUCUUCGAUGGAAAGAACCAUAAAGCGGGAAUGACUGAAGUGGGCCUCAAAGAAGUUGACGAGAAGAUGGAACACGUGCGAGUGGAAGGAAAAAUUUAA